AACAAAAAAUGUUUGACUCCAUCCGUGAAAAUGAUAAUACAUCAUGCCUCCAUCCAUUGCAUAUAAAUCUAUGUACUUCAAAUUCCUUGAACAUGAAUCAAACGGUCCACCAAACGGCAUCUUCCAUUUCUAACAUAUUUUUCUUUCCAAAAUCAUUUUCAGUCUCCGAUUUCUUAUUCAUUUGUUCCAAAUUCAUCAAAACGUGUUUGGAAAAAGAAAAAAAAAAAAAUUUCAAAACGUGACUAUCAUUUUGAGUCGUAGUCAAAUGAGAUUGUCCCAAAUCAUGCAUGCUGCCGUAGUAAGUAAAUAAUCUCCCAAAUCGAACGCGGGAAAACCUUCCUUUUCGGCGAUGAGGCGAAUCUGAUUCUCAAUCAAAAUUAAUUAAUUAUCAAGAAAAUUCCAAAAUUCACAACAAGAUUAAUCGCGCCCUUCACCCAACCCCAGGGGCAAUUUCGUCAUAAAUUACGUUCACGUCAGAGCAGCCCUCCGCUCUUCCCCAUUAGUUUAUGUUUCAAAAUCAGCGCGCGAAACCCCGCUUUUAUCUCCCGCGCCUUUCCGGGCCCACACGCGCCUCGUCCUCUCUCUCCCUAUAUUUCUUCCCUCACUGUCUCUCACUCAUACCCCUUUUUCUCUCUUUCUAUCACGCCAAUUUGAUAUCCAAAACUCCAAACAAUGCAACAACAGCGCCACCACCACCAGUCGCAUUUCUCCGCCGCAGGCCCCACCACCCCGUUCGGGUCCACCGCCAUGGCACCCACCGCCAGCUCCGAGGCCAAGCGCGGCAAGAGGCGAGGUAGUUACAACUGCGGCCGGUGUGGCCAGCCCAAGAAGGGCCACUCCUGCCACCUACCCGCCGCCGAUGAAGCCUUCGUCGCCGAUGUUCCGUCUCCGUCCGAUCUCUCCGUUCCCCCUCUGCCUCCACGUAAGCCCUACUCCCACCUCCGCCGGGCGCUGUCGUUCGACGACGACGUUGAUAGCUCUGGAUGGGGCGGAGGAGGUGGCGGCGAUUUUGACUCACCGGAUCCCGACCCCGAUGAGAUCGAUGACCUUGUGGUGGAUUCGGAGUCGGGUACGGGUUUAUGCGGUCUGCCUGCGAGCUGUCUUUGGGAUAUUUUGAAGAGGCUGCCGCCGCCGGAGCUGUUGUCGGCGGCAAUGGUGUGCAAGGGGUGGAGGGAGACGACGAGGAGGCUGUGGAAGGCUGCAGAAAUGCUUAGGAUUAGGGUUCCGGCGAGGGCUCAGGUCGGGCUUGUUGGAUCGGUGUUGCAAAAGUGCCCGGCCCUCGUUAACCUCUCUCUUAGAAUGGAAAGUGAUGUGGAUGCAACAUUGCUGGCCUGGAUCACAUUUUCGUGCCCAAAUCUUGAAUUCCUGGAGAUCACUACUUCUGAAACGGCUAUCAAUCGAAUCACUGGUGAUGAGCUGGGUCGUUUUGUUGCUGAUAGAAGAUUACUGAAAAGCCUUAAGAUGGAAGGUUGUUCUAAUUUAGGCGGAUUUGCUCUUUCUUCGUCAAGUCUUUCUACAAUUUGGUUUUCUGGUCUUCACUCCCUUUCUAAGAUGGUUUUUAAUUGCCCCAAUCUAAAAGAGAUUUCUGUAGACUUUUCUAGCCAUGAAAAUGAUAAUACCGAUCUUGUCACCAUGGUUGAUGCUCUGGGAAGGAACUGCCCAAGGUUACAAAACAUACACAUUGCAUCAAUCCAGCUUUCCAAUGCUGUUGUUCUUGCCCUUACAGCUGCACAAUUAAGGGGGUUGAGAAUGCUUUCUCUUGUUCUUGGAUCUGAUAUCACUGAUGCUUCUGUUGCUGCCAUUGCUUCAAGUUACCCAAACUUAGAAUUGCUUGACCUGAGUGGAUCUAGCAUCACUGAUAGUGGCAUUGGAAUGAUUUGCAAUGUAUUCCCUGAUACUCUUUCAAGACUACUGGUUGCUCUUUGUCCUAACAUCAGUGCAAGUUUUAUUCAAUUCGCCACAGCUCAACUGCCUCUUCUUGAACUCCUGGACUGUGGCAUGACCAUAUGUGAUCCCAACUCUCUGGAUUCAACAUCCGAGGAAACCACUGGCUUUGAAUUGGCACAAACAUCCAAUGCUAAAGUACACCUUAGUUACCAGAAGCUGAUCAUUAAACAUGGCCGGCUGAAAAAACUCAGCUUGUGGGGCUGUUCUGGCUUAGAUGCUCUAUAUUUAAACUGCCCUGAAGUUAAAGAUCUGAAUUUGAAUUCUUGCAAAAAUUUGUACCCAGAGAGAUUGGUGCUUCAGUGCCCCAAUUUAGAAAAUGUGCAUGCAUCAGGUUGUCAAGAAUUGUUGGUUGGGGCCAUCCAAAGCCAGGUCAAUAAUAACUUUGCUGGUGUGGAUAGCUUAUUACCAUGUAAACGUCUAGCCGAUGGCUCAAAGAGGGUUCGGGUGCCACAUUUUCUUAGUGCACAGUCAUCCGACGACGAUAAGAAGCGAAGAAGGGUUGAGAGGCCGAAAUGCAAUGUGCAUGUGUUCUGAAUCUGAUCACAUGUCCUGGGACAUUCCCGUUGCUCUUGUUUGUUGCCAUAUUGGUUUCCCAAAGCUGCUGUAUUUUUGUAACCAAUAACUUUUAUAUUUGAUCCUAAUCAUUGUAGGGGGGGCUGGUGCCUUGUAGAAUUGCCUUUCCUUGAAGGAAACUGGAUGUUGAUUUAGCCUCAAACUGAUGAUAGUCCAAGACUCCAAAUUGGAGGGACACAUUAAAUUAAUUAGCCCAACUAGGAUUUACAAACCUCAUUUCAAAUAAAUUGUUCAUGUUUCAACCAUGAA